CGUUUACUUUCACUUUCGUUUUGCGACUUCCGGGCAGUUCUACACAAGAUGCCAUACUGUUUUGCGUUCGGUUGUACGCACAUUACUGGGGGGAAACAGCACUGCAGUUUGUAUAGGUUUCCCACCGACCCCAAGAAAAGAAAGAAGUGGAUUGAAAGAUGUCGGCGAGCAGACAGAGAAUAUACAGAGAAUGAUAGACUCUGUAGUUGUCAUUUUGUGGAGGGAAGGAAAGAAAAUGGGCCAACAAUUUUUUCUUUCAACAAGACCUUCAACUUUCCUGAAGUACCUACUCCAAAGAGGUUAAAAAAAUCCAAAGACGAUAAAGGUAAUGAUGGAAACUCUACACUACCAAUGAUGGCAAGCCAUGACCAUUACAUUGCAGAAAGUCAUCUUUACAAACCUCUAGAAACUGACCAUUCCUAUUUUGUAAAACCAGUAACAACAGAUGAUACAUUUAUUCCCAUCCAAAGAAAGACCAAUUCAGUUGAAAAACUUGAGCAGGAAAUUAAAGAACUGGAGGAAGAAAUUAAAAAGCUAAAAACACAGACAUCCAAAAUGACAGUUGGAGAUAUCCUUAAUGACAAUGAAAAGAUGUUGCUUUACACAUCAUUUCCAGCAGAUGUAUUCAACGUAAUUGUACAGGUUCUCAGACGAAUGGCGCCAUUUAAUUACUUUGCUGGAUGGGAGGUCACCUGCUUCAGCCUUGAGGACCAGCUGCUCAUAUGUUUAAUAAAACUUAGAUUAAACUUUAGAGAUUUAGACCUUGCCGUUAGAUUUGGGACAAGCCGUUCUACAGUAUCAAAUAUUGUGAACACGUUUAUUUCUGUCCUUCAUGAAAUCUUUUUUGAUGGUGUAUUAAAGGCAGUAGGCAUCCCUUCUCAACUAAAAUGCAAAGGAUCUAUGCCGAAAUCGUUUGAAGAUUUUACAUCAGCAAGGAUUGCCAUGGAUGCCACUGAAAUUACUCAAGACAUUCCAUCCAAUAUGAACAGUCAGUCUCUUACUUACAGCAACUAUAAAAGCCGUCAUACUGUAAAGGCCGUAACAUGUGUUGCUCCAAAUGGUGCCCUUGUAUUCACAUCCGAUUUAUAUCCUGGAUCCACCUCAGAUGCUGCCAUAGUUGAGCACUGCAAAGUUCUUGACCAAAUACAGCCUGGAGAUCUAAUUCUUGCAGAUAAAGGAUUCAAUAUUUUUGACAAACUUCCUGCAGGAGUAUCAUUAAACAUCCCACCAUUUUUGUCUAGUAAAUCUCAUUUUACCAGAGAAGAGGCAAAACUGUGCUAUAAAAUCGGACGCAGUAGAAUUCAUGUUGAAAGAGCCAAUGAAAGAAUUAAAAACUAUGAAAUCCUCAGCCAUGUUCCAUCUCAGUACAGACAUAUGACAACAAAAAUCUUUCAAUUAUGCUGCUGUUUAGUUAAUCUUCAGGCUCCUCUCCUUAAAGAGAUUGCUGACAAAUAUGAGGUAGGACAGGAGAAUGAGUCAGAGAUGUGGUAA